GCUGGUCUGGUAACGCCGCUAACAAAAGUCACUCUUCAGCUGUCAUUUAGUCGUUCCGAAAAUGGCUGCGAUUGUGCGAUUUAAUUUGUUAACAAAGCCGCAUAUAGGGGCGGCACUCCCGGCUAGCCUGCAGCUGCAGAGGUUCCAGAGCAACCAGGCGCCACCCCCAGGCACUCCACCUCCACAAACUAAGACCAAGUUCGGUCCUCUGGCGGACGAGGAUCGCAUCUUUACCAAUCUAUAUGGACGACACGACUGGAGGCUGAAGGGAGCCCUGAAGCGGGGCGACUGGUACAAGACUAAAGAGAUUGUGCUAAAGGGUCCGGACUGGAUUGUCAACGAGAUCAAGACGUCGGGUCUGCGAGGCCGUGGAGGUGCUGGCUUCCCCAGCGGCAUGAAGUGGUCCUUUAUGAACAAGCCCGGCGAUGGACGCCCCAAGUACUUGGUGGUGAAUGCCGAUGAAGGAGAGCCUGGCACCUGCAAGGAUCGCGAGAUCAUGCGCCACGAUCCACACAAGCUGGUGGAGGGCUGUCUAAUUGCUGGCCGGGCAAUGGGCGCCCAGGCCGCCUACAUCUACAUUCGGGGCGAGUUCUACAACGAGGCAUCCAACAUGCAAUUGGCCAUUGCCGAAGCCUACCAGGCCGGUCUUAUUGGCAAGAACGCCUGUGGAACUGGAUACGAUUUCGAUGUCUUCAUGCAUAGAGGCGCUGGGGCUUACAUUUGCGGCGAGGAGACGGCUUUGAUCGAAUCGCUGGAAGGAAAACAAGGAAAGCCACGUUUGAAGCCGCCAUUCCCCGCCGACGUCGGCGUUUUCGGCUGCCCGACCACAGUCACCAAUGUGGAGACUGUAGCCGUAGCUCCGAGCAUUUGUCGUCGUGGUGGCACAUGGUUUGCCAGCUUUGGUCGCACCCGUAACUCGGGCACAAAGCUUUUCAACAUUUCGGGCCAUGUGAACAGGCCGUGCACAGUGGAGGAAGAAAUGUCAAUCCCGCUUAAGGAGCUCAUCGAGCGCCACUGCGGAGGCGUUACUGGCGGAUGGGACAAUCUGCUGGGCGUGAUUCCUGGCGGCUCAUCCACCCCCAUCAUACCUAAAAACGUGUGUGACGACGUCAUCAUGGAUUUCGACGGCCUAAUUGCAGCGCAGACAUCGUUGGGCACUGCGGCUAUCAUCGUCAUGGACAAGUCGACGGAUGUGAUUAAAGCCAUUGCUAGGCUUAUAUCCUUUUAUAAGCAUGAGAGCUGUGGACAGUGCACCCCCUGCCGAGAGGGAAUCGGCUGGAUGAACAAGAUCAUGACUCGAUUUGUCAAAGGUGACGCGCAACCCUCUGAGAUUGACAUGCUGUGGGAGAUUUCCAAACAAAUUGAGGGACACACUAUUUGCGCGCUUGGAGACGGUGCUGCCUGGCCAGUCCAGGGCCUUAUCCGUCACUUCCGGCCCGAGAUCGAGAAACGUAUGCAACUGCAUGCACAGCGUGCCAGCAAUUAAGAUACAAAGUUAUAGCUAAUUUUAUUAAUUUCAUUAACCCGAGCGCGACUUGAUGCAUAUAAAAUGUAUAGUUCUCUAAACGUUGUAA